AUGGGGAACACGUGGGGCCUGGCACCGAUGGGGGCUUUGCCCCGCCGGAGCCCCCAUCGAGAAGAACCUCUCCCCAGCCCUGGGAGCUUCGAUGAGCUGCACAGGCUAUGCAAAGAUGUAUUCCCAGUACAGAUGGAGGGAGUGAAGCUCGUUGUCAGCAAGGUUCUGAGCAGCCUUUUCCAGGUGGCUCACACUGUGCAUGUGAGUGCUCUGGGCUUACCGGGCUAUCACCUCCCUGCAGCCUAUGCAGGGGACUGGCAACUUAGUCCCACUGAGGUGUUGCCCACUGUGGUAGGGAAUAUGGACAGCAGCGGCAGCCUCAAUGCCCAGGUCCUGCUCCUCUUGGCCGAGCGGCUCCGAGCCAAGGCUGUCUUCCAGACGCAGCAGGCCAGGUUCCUUACUUGGCAGCUCGAUGGCGAGUAUCGGGGCGAUGACUACACAGCCACUCUGACCCUAGGAAAUCCUGACCUGAUCGGGGAGUCAGUGAUCAUGGUCGCUCACUUCCUGCAGAGCCUCACUCAUCGGCUGGUGCUGGGAGGAGAGCUGGUUUAUCACUGGCGGCCAGGAGACGAGGGGGCCGUCUUGACACUGACUGGGAAGUACUCGGCUGUACACUGGGUAGCUACAUUGAAUGUGGGAUCAGGUGGGGCCCAUGCAAGUUAUUACCACAAGGCAAAUGAACAGGUUCAGGUUGGAGUGGAGUCUGAGGCAAACACAAGGCUACAGGACACAACCUUCUCCUCUGGUUACCACCGGACUCUGCCCCAGGCCAACAUGGUAGUUAGAGGCUUGGUGGAGAGUAACUGGUGUGUGGGUGCUGUGCUGGAGAAGAAGAUGCCCCCCCUGCCUGUCACCCUCGCCCUUGGCGCCUUCCUUCAUCACUGGCACAACAGAUCCCACUAUGGCUUCAGCAUCACUGUAGGCUGA